AUAUAAAUAGUUACGAACUGCGAUGACAGAGCUUUACACAUGCUGAUUGCAGAAUUACUCAGCACAAUGAAUAUUAUUGGUGAAAACUAGUUCACCAUGCAGAUAUUUUAAUCUAAAAGAACAAGUCAUCAGGUUUACGUUUGCCAUAUGAUUAGUGAAUGGACUGAGCAUUAAUUCUUUACAAAUUCCAAACGCUGUGGUUGGGUGGCACAUCGUGGAUUUAUCUACAUAAAGUCAAAGGAUUUCAUGCAAUGCUUUAUUUUUGGAUUUAUAAAUAAUGAGUGGCCGCCGGGGUUUUGUGUGGAAGAAAUACAUAAAAGACUGCAGCAACCAAAUUGUCCUUUCAUGAAAAAUACUGACAAGUGAACCUGUGAAGAUUUACAAAUAUUCAACCUGUCGAUUUAGUCACCAGACUGGGUUAAGACGGGGAAUCCGUAAAUGAAGGUGGAUAUAUUUAAUAUAACUUACAAUAUGACAAAAACUAUACACAACCGGCAAACUGGAUUUACAAAAGAAGGCGAAAUGGAGCGUGAAUAAAUGGAUAUUUGUAGAAAAACGAAACUUCUCCCAUAUAAAAACAUCCCAUCUGAAAUUGAGUAUUAUAUAUAAUUAUAGUUAUUGGUAUAAAUUGAGAGGCACUCAAAUUUCCACACGCUUAAUAAAAUAGAUAGGUUGAUCAACACCAUAAGGAUUUACAAACUCACGACAGCCGCCACUUAAGUCCAAGGAAAAAACCCACUAGUGGUUAUAGUUAUGUAAAAUAUUAUUGUUUUAGUCCAUUAAACUUGAUUUUGAUUUUCCGAAGACACAGUGACCCAAUACUGUAGACAACCAUACAAUUAUGUCUUGAAAUGUUUCGUGAAAUGAGAGGAUUAAAUAGUGCUCAUACUAUGCGUUUAAUUGACGCAUGUGUCAAGUCUAGUCGGUUUGCGUAUUUAUCAGUUAUGUGCCAGCUGAAAAAGAAAUCAAUGUAAGAUAAACAACACAUAUAUGCUUAAACCCUUUUUUGCACACCAGGUUUGCUUAAGUAUAUCUAGUGUAUUACUUUGGAAAGUGUUUAUAAACUUAUGUUUUGGCUUAAAUCGAAAGAACUUUAUCAAAUAUUGGUUGUCUGUAGCCUAUGCAUAUCUACUAUUUAACCGAGUAUGUAAAGUAAAAGGGUAUUUCCCUAUUCAUACCCAUGCGGUAUGCAAUAUUUCGAGAAGUGUUCGCAGUAAUUUACUGUGAAAUAAUAACUAUAGUUAACACAAACUUAAACUACGUACUUAUAUAAAAGGAUAAUUAUGAGUUUAAAUAGUAAACUUUAUGAAAUUGUUAUUUAAAUUAGUGUUUAAGUGUCGUUUCCCUUUUAUUUAAACAGAAAGUAGUAAAUGUAUUGAAAUUUAAUUGAAUAUAAGGAGUGGUUAAAAAAUAGAGAGGAACGUAUUAUUUUUAAAUGAAACCAGGGAGCUAAAAUUUUUCGUAAACUAUGCUAGAGAUUUCAUCAGAAGCAUGAUCACGGAGUGACAACAUCUUUUCGAAGAAUGUGUUUCCAUAGAGAUAAAUAUGAUGAAGUUAUGUUUAUCACUUCAGAAUAUAGUGUUCGCUUUACUAGCAAUUCUUAUGUUCCAUAUGGUGAGAACCCAGGGAGACUUUUAUUAUCGGAUCGUAGGGGACCAGUGUAUCCGGACAUGCGCACAUUUAAGAGAUAUCCCCAAUGUGACGUUCAAUUGUGAUGGUGACAAUAGCACCUGCGAUUGGCAGUGCGCGGCGCAGCGAAUGGGAUGCGCCGAAGGCUUGAUAUAUCACUGUGCACAAGACUUUAAAAAUUUGGAAUUAAAACUCAAUAAAACUGAAUAUAUACAGGCCUGCGCGCCGGAGAGAUUUUGCAAUGCAGGGGAAGAGCCAUCGGUUACGUUUUCCUUUGACGACGUGGUUCAGUCACCUAGAAACGCUAAAAUAAACUGCGUUGCCUGCACGGACCCAAACUUUUACAAUAAACAAGACGGACAAUCGUCUGCCUCAUACAGUCGAUGCUACCUUCAGAAGUUCAACAAAUGUAUCCCCGAAUACCAUAAAAUCAACUGCGAUGACAUUUCCUGGCUUGAACGAAAGCAGACUGACGGAUAUUGCCGAUGUGACGCAAGAAACGGUUACGCACCAGAAAACGAAAACGUGAAAACGAUGUGCUUCUACAGUGAUGAGUUGUGUGCUCCCAAAACGUGUCCAAUUCCAUCACAGGAGCUGCUUUUAAAUUACACAUGUGGCGACCGGUGUCCUUCUGGAAUGCACCGGACGGAGAAAUCAGAUGAAUGUGUUCCUAACAAGCCUGUUCAAACCACGAGAAGUACACCUUUGACAUUGUCAUCUCAACCGAGGUCAGUACAAACAGAAACCAAUGCUGGUAUAUCAACUACUAAAGAAACCGUAAAAGUACUUUCAACGAAAGGGCGUGAGGAGAACGGUGGCUCCGACGGCUCAAACAAAGAUACAAUCAUCCUUGUUAGUGUUCUAAUUUCCCUUGCAGUAACCGCACUCUUAGUUCUUUUAAUAGCCAUACGGCUUCGCCGUGAGUCGCAGCAGAAUACGCCCGAAGCAAUACCAGGCGAAACGGUGUUGACCCAGACAAAAAAACGAAAAUCACUGGUCAAGAAAAUAGCAGGUAGCUACAUCAAGAUGAAAGUCAUUAAUUCAACAGUUCAUUUUGAUUCGGCGCACCCCAAUACAACAAAAGAGCCACACGAAACAAGCUUUAUCAAUGGGAUUGACAGACCUACAUCAGCCGCAAUAAACGACCAGGAUACCGAUGAUACGGAAGAUAAACCAUUUCUCCAAGGCCCACUUAUGUGCCGUGUGUAUUUCUACGGCAGGAAGAAAGUCCUUCUCCAGAAAGUACCAACACCACGACCACAGCACCCAUUCCGGCGCACCCCAAUACAACAGAAGAACAACAAGAAACAAGCUUUAUCAAUGGGAUUGACAGACCUACAUCAGCCGCAAUAAACGAUCAGGAUACCGAUGCUACGGAAGAUAAACCAUUUCUCCAAGGCCCACGGCAUGAGGAAAAUCGUCCCCCAAAAAGUACUAACACCACGGCCACAGCACCCAUUCCGGUGACAAGUCACGUAUUAGGAGGUAAAAUCUCAGAGAAAAAGCUUUCACCAUGUGUCGACCCUGUCUAUCCCUCCGUUGGUGCAUAUACAGCCGGAGCGACAUUUUGCCCAAAUAGGGACGGUGCAACAGCAACAGAAGAAUUGGACGAAAGGACAAAUGGUCAAGCGACACCUUGCGUGAUUGGGGACAUUGAAUCGGUAGAGAAGUUGCAAGAAUCUGACAGUGAUGAGAAAAGUGAUUUUGAUACAGACAGUGGAAGUCAGGAAGAAACAAUAUCUUUUUUGGAUGAAACGGCUAGUAAACAUAUGUGAUAGCAGUAUAUUAGGUUUUACAAAUUAGCACCAAUUCUUUGUUCCAUUAGUUAGCGUAUCAAUUGCUCGUCAAUAAAUUUGAACAUGUUCAAAUUAUCACUUAGACUGUUUUAAGAGACAUAUCAACUGACCAAUUAUAUUGCUCAAAACUGUAUUUUGAACAAAGACGGAUCUAAGACGCAAAAGUUAAUUGAGUAAUUCAUAGCAUUAUAUCAUAAAAGAUUUAUUCUCGAUAUUCUUAUAAUGUUUAGCCAUAAUUUUGGUAAGUCGUACAACUGGUUUAUGUUUACUAAAAAUAUCUGUACUUGCUUUAGACGAAAACAUCCUUAACGCAAAUGUUAAAUACUUUUUCUUUCAAUUUUAACUUUAAAGAAGAAAACAAGACGGUCAGACAGUAGAAGUAUAGAAAUUGACAGAAACUGUUCAUCCGUGUUCUCUACUUAUCUGAGUCAUCCUAGUCACAUUAUUUUUGGAUCUCAUGGUGCACAUGAUGAGCAUAUGCCACAAAAUAUAUACUGGACAAAAACCUUAUCCUGGACAUUAUUUAAUUAUUUUAAGAAAUCCAUUGCAUAUCGGUAGUUUACCAGCAGGAGUUUCCUACCAAAUUAUCUUUGGUUCUUAUUUCACAUUUUCUUCAAGUUUGUAAAAUAUUGCUUCAAGUUUUCAUACAGUGCCUUAAUAAUCGGACGCUUUUAUAUACGAGGGAAUGUUUUAUAUGUAAACCCAUCAAACACUUUCCUUCACAUAAUUAUCGUACAAUGUAUAUUAACGCACUUUAUGGAUAACAUCAAACCACUUGCAAUAAACUUCCUUUUCCCAAUCUUGAAGAGUGGAAGAUUGAAAUGUCUUUCUCUAUUGUAAAAUGUAUCUAGUUAAAGGAAAUUUGAUAUUAUUUUUUCGUUGUGAUAUUUUUUAUGAAUUUAAUUGUGUGACAGCCUUAAAAUGAGGUGUUAUAUAUUUGGGGCACUGGGUAUUUUCCCAGUAUAGGUACAAAGUCAGUUCAGGUUCAGAGAAUUAUAUUUGAUUCCUCGAGACUAAUUUAUUUUGAUUGUAAGUUUUGGACACUGACUGAAAGAAUUGUGAUUUAUAUAAUAUAUUUCAUGCUUAAGGUCAUAUAAUCAUAGCAAAAUUUAAUCUUAAGAUUUGUUUAUCUAAAUAUCAUAUUAUGUCAGUUUGUCAUAGAUUAAACCUGUUUGAUAAACUCAUUUCCCUUUUCUGAGCUAUGGCUCAGAAUUGUGGGGAUCACAGAAAUGUUGAAAAGUUUGAUUUUUUGUAAAGUUUUAUUUUGUGUUAGUAUACAUAUUCAGAACAAAGCUAGGUAGAACAACGUGGUUAUCUAAACGUAUUACAGAUGUAUACCAUAAGCUAUGUUAGAAUAGCCUAUGAUGAAAUGUGCUUUGAUUUAUCCUAUUAUUCAAAUUUCAAAUCUUGAAAUGGACUUAUUCAUAAUUAUUAUGUGGAUGCAUGAAAAUGUCGGUGAUGUCAAUUUAUUUAUAUUUCCAGUAAAACACGACUUUGAUGUUUUAUACAAAAUUGGUUUACGGAGUUUAAUGAAUCCAGGACGGAACUAACUUACAUUCCAUUUCUAGAUUUUACAUUUUAAUCUUAUUUGUCAGAUAUGAACAUACACUAUACAUGUAAAAUGAAAUAAAGAAAUGCUUGGUCAAUAUCAAGAGUAGCUGCACGUAGAUUUGAGGUUAAGGUCGGUCAAUGGCACAAACAAGUUGGCCUACCAGAUUGUGAUGGAAAAUAUACUAAAUCUUAUUUUUAGAAAGAGGAAGGAAAAUAUUGAUAAUAUUGACGAAAUUUAAAUACUUUAGAUUUCCUUUAAUUUUAAUGGUGUAAGCCUUGGCCGAAAAUUUAGCGUUGCAUCGUUCCGUUAGUUAAAAAGUUGAAAAUCUGGCAAUGGAUGGCAUCAUUAAAAUACAUGCAAAUAUAAAAUAUAUCACACGUGUAGAAAAUCGCAUUGUUUUUUAUCGGCUGAAAAUAUGUUCAUAUCUUUUUUGCAGAAAAAAUGUUAUUUAGAAAUCCACGUCACUUACCUCUUUGUUUACAUCGGUUGUGACCCGUGGUGACCCAUUGAGAACCCCUUUAAGUCACGUGGUUUCUUUGCUGUGAUCAUUUGGUUGUGUCACUUGCUUGUGUAACUUUAUUGUACAUUGAGAGUUUUACUUUUCAUUUAAGCUUUAAAACCCCUCCAAUAAUUACAUUUUAAUCGUACUUUUCGAUAGUGAUAUUUUUUUCAAAAAAAACAAGGGUUCUCCUUGUUCGUUCUUUAAAUAUUGAUAAUUAGUUAAUCGCUGUUAUCUAUGGUUAGUUUGGAUCCAGUCCUUAUACUCUAUCUAUUUAAAUUUCUUGUACAUUUUUACAACACAUUAAGGAUCCAUCAAUAUCGCCUUCACUUUUCAUAAAAUUGCCGGUGAAAUAACAAUUUCCAUCCCUAGCUGCUGUACGCUUUACGGUUAUUUUUAAGGCAUGUGUGUUUUGUAACAUUCUAAUAGAAUACGUAUUUGUUUUAAGCUAUUGCAAGAGAUUUUUGAUGUGAUAUGGGUGCUCUUUGAACCCCUUUCAGGUAAAUAAUAAUGAUAUGCCAGUUCAUAACAUUCGGAUAUGAUUUUAAAGAAUACCAUUCAAUGUUUCAGUUUACAUUCCUAAGUAUAGUUCAUUUUUUAUUUUAAUACAUAUGUUUUGUUCUUCAUAUGACAUAAACAGUAGGUUUAAACAUGUUAUAUUUACACCUCAACUUCCAUUCCUUAAAUGAACUGCAUUUCGGCAAUUGCGUUCAUCCACCGAUGAACGCAACAUCUUCGGAUAUGUUCGGAUCGCAAUUCAUCGCAAAACACAUGUAAACUAUUGAUCUUGUUAUUGUUUGUAUUGUGUCAGAAGGUCCCGUAUAUUAUAAAUCAACAUUUUAGAAAGUGUUAGAAAAUUCAAUAUCAUAAAAUAAAUGUUUUCGACGCAUCAUUUUUACUGUUUCAUGACACAUCGUUUUCAAUCGAAUAAAAACCGUUGUUCACUA